GUGAUAUCUUGAGGCUUGAAAUAAUUUUAGAAAGACCUCUAAGAAAUUUUCGUGCUACAUAGUUCGUCGCGGAUGGGAAGUUAUAAUAUAAAAUAUUGAAUCAAAGGCAGUCAAGUAUACGUGCAUGAUGGCGAUCGGGUGCAUGUAAGCUUCGCGCGCUCUUUUACUUUUCGGCAUUUUCCUGGGAAAAUACUCGAGUGUACACCAUAGAAAUUUAACGUACAUUUGAUCGAAGCAUCGGCUAACUUGUGUUUAAAUUAAAAAAGCCCAUUCCCGUCUAAAAUAUUUUCUGAACACGUCGACAAUUCUACAGCAAGAUGCCACAAACGAGUUUACAGGGAAAGAAAUCACAAACUUAUUUGCAAGGGGGCAAAGUGGUAACACAAUCUUUAAAACGUAAAAGACGUACAACAGAAAUCUCUGAGGAUUCGGAAAAUGUGUAUCCGCCUAGUAAAGUACCGGCAUUGUCAAAUGUAUCAUACACAGAGUCUUGUCAUAAUGGACAUACAUUAGAAAAUUCAUGUACACAACAUCAAGUGUCCCCAUUAAAGGAGCAACAAGAACCAGCCACAUGGUCUGAACUACGAAGUGCUACUUGUUUUUUAACACCAUCAUCUUCUACCAAUGUAUCAAGCAGGCCUAGUCCAUUACCUUCAUUCUCUUGGGCUGAUGGUUCUCAGGUCUGGUCUCUCAUGUGCUUGGGAGAUCAAAAGACUCUUACCCAAAGGAAUCCACAAUUGUUUCAAAGGCAUCCAACAUUACAACCACGAAUGCGAGCAAUUUUAUUGGACUGGUUAAUUGAAGUUUGCGAAGUAUAUAAGCUACAUAGAGAAACUUAUUAUCUUGCAAUGGAUUACAUAGACAGAUAUUUGUCCAUUCAUCAAAAUGUACCCAAGAAUCAGUUACAGUUAAUAGGCAUCACCUGUCUCUUUAUAGCUGCCAAGGUUGAAGAAAUAUAUCCACCCAAAAUAGCAGAGUUUGCAUAUGUCACUGAUGGAGCAUGUACAGAGGAAGAAAUUUUAGGGAAAGAAUUAGUGAUUUUAAAAGGUCUUGGAUGGAAUUUGUCUCCUGUUACUACCCCCGGCUGGCUUAAUAUUUAUAUGCAAAUUGAAUCGGGUGACUGGUCAAGGCCAAAUGCUUUUAUUUACCCUCAAUAUGGGGGUCUUCAAUAUUCCCAAGCAGCUCAAUUGAUAGAUCUAGCCACUUUGGACGAAGGAAGUUUGAAGUUUUCCUACAGUCACAUUGCAGCAGCAGCCAUCUAUCACACACAAGGAAGAGAAUGUGCCUUAAGGGUAUCACGCAUUCCAUGGGAGCAGCUUGCACCUUGUGUCAAAUGGAUUACUCCAUUUGCAAUAACAGCUGCAGAAGAAGGUUCUCAGUUCCUUUUAAGAUCCACAAUAUCACCUGUGGAAUCUCAUUCUGGAUCUGGGCUCAGGGCAACAGUUCCCAAUAUAGUAAUGGAUGAAUCACAUCGUAUACAAACUCAUGUGGUCGAUUUAAACAUGUUGGAGAAGGCACAGCAACGAUUAGGGGAUGAAAUCCCUUCCGUCGAUGCAAACGAAUCUGACUCAAAUACCGAAUCUGGUAGACAAAGCCCAAACGAAAGUGGUCUUUUAACUCCACCAUCUAGUAGUCAAAAAAAUUCAACCACACCAUCCACUACACAUCCUCCACCACAAUUGCAUCCAUAUACAUAA